AUGAGUUAUCACAGUGUAUGGAAUUUCCUUAAGAGGAAAUUUGGCCUGUCAGAUCCACCUAGGACAAAUUCAAACGCAAGUAAUUGCACCCACGAGGACCCACCCAGCAGCAGCAGCAGUCUCAACUGCCACCUCGACACCCUCCCAGUCACAUCGCCCACCUCUCUGAAGCCGAAAAGAUGCCGCAUGGAAGGGCCGUCAAAUCACCUGCCCAGCGAGUCCGUUGAGGCCUUUGCCGCGCUCUGUCAACUCCUGACCUGCAGUGUCUGUCUUGAGAUCUCUCACCAGGCCAACCAAUGCGCCAAUGGUCACCUCAUCUGCCUGGCCUGUUCGGCCCAACUGGAGCAGUCCGCCUUCACCGCCGGCCGGGCUUGCAGUUGUCCCGUCUGUCGGGUCUCCCUGUCCGGUUGGGGCAACGACUCACUCACUGGUGCCGACGCCGGAAACCCAAACGGAACCCCGCCUGGCUUGCAGCGAUGCCUGUUGGCCGAACGCUUGGCCGCUGAACUACCUACCGCAUGCAAAUUCUGCGGCCUUCAGUUCCCCCGCAGGGCAAUCGAUAGACAUCGGGGCUUUUUGUGCGAAAAUCGAACAGUUGCCUGUCCCUACGGUUGGUUGGGUUGCAGGUGGAGGGGUGGCGCCGUUAAUCUGUCCGUGCACCUGAAGUCCUGCCGUCUGUUGAAUGGUGAGGAUAAACCGUGGAUGCGACUGGCGGCGAGGCGGAUGCAAUCGGUCAGUGAGCGUACCGCCGCCAGGCUUCAGCCAUGGAGGGGUUUGCUGAGGCUUCUGCGAAAUCGACAGCAUGUACACUUUGGCGUCAGAGGCCUGACUGGAUUGCGAAUGAUUCACCUGCCAGUCGUGAUGAGCCGUUUACGACGGACAGGACGCAACGGGGCUACUGAAAACUCCUCUGUUGCGGAAUCUUAUACGUACACCAGUCCGGUUCUCUGCCUACCAACGGGUAGUAAAUCAUCCAUUUGGGUACAGGUUAGUGGAAAUCUUUUGGCUGAAGCCCAUUUAAACUAGUUUCACUUGUAAGGAAGGGGAUUUUCUUCAAUUUAUUUGAUGUAACAACUGUCAGUGUUGUCUAGGAGUAUUUAAAGUGAAAUUUUCAAAGAAGACAGUGAAGGAAAAAUGUCCUUGUAAGAUCCUAUUUCGUAGCCCUGUCUGUUAGGAGUUAGGGUUACAUGUUAGAGUUAAGGGUUAAAAGUAGUGGUUGGGGUCAGAGGUUAGGGAUUAGGGUUUACGAUUAGGGACCGGGGUUUGGAAUUAGGCGUCAGGAGUUAGGCUGCAAGUACGACUACAAAAUACGAGCCGACCAAUACCGUAUUCUUAAACGCUUAUUUUAAAGCUAAGAUCAGUCUUCUGAGAUAUUUAAGUAGGCCCCUUUAUAAAAAAUAUAUGUUCCGUAAAAUGGCACGUUAAGUUUAGCGAAUGUGCAUUUAAGGCUUCAGCCAGCCUUGAAGUAGAGCAGGGAGUCUGGUAGACGUGACAAGGACUCCAUAGUGCUUUUUCGGAAAGAGUUUUAAAACGCUAGCAUCCUCCCUAGACGUCAGCCUCCGUGAAAAUGGAUGCUCUCGUGAAUAAUUUUCUCAUACCGACGGGCGAGACACCAGCUCACUUAGUACAUUUAACUGAGGAGCAUUAAUACCUCUCUGAGAAAGCAGCUUUCGUGACGACGGCUCAUAAGUGGUAAGAAGGCGCCAUUAAUGAAAACGGACGUGCAACAGUAAAGCCUAGUAAUCGGGAGAGCAGCUGGCUUGUUGCUUGAGACAGACAUAACGAUGAAAUGAGAAUUACCCCGAUAACGGUCCCGCUACUGGGGGAAGGAAGGAACUGCCCGUUCUGAGAGGCACAUCAAAAAAUCUAGAAGUGUUUUUUUUACCUCCGUAUUAUAAUGCAUGCAGUUGAUAAGGGUACUCUAUGCUCCAUAGUACUCUGCGCUUCAAAUGACUGCACAGUGCCCUGGAAAGGGUAGAUAGUAAGACCGUUAACCUGUGCUUAUAUGCCGCGCCAGAGACGUAUUGCUUUGCAUUAAAUAAGGGCCAUAAUUUGGGGAAACAGCCCUACACUCCUGCACAUAGUAACUUAAGUUUAGCCAGCCAGAAAUGACAAGAAGGUUUUGUAGACAGGCACAUUCGUGAUCACUGCCCAGUACUGCGCGGAUGGAAAAUCAUGGUCAUCUCUGGUCGUUGACAUCCACCGGCUUCAUUGUUGUUGAUUAUGUGUAGCUUGAAAGAAUCGCGUAGGCAAUGAAGAUUGUUAGUAUGCAUUUAAAUCCUUAUUAAGCCCGAAGAAGCGUAAGGAGAAUUUUCACCCCUGAGGCACGAAAUGCAUUCGUCUAAACGUCUGGUUACGUUUGUCCAUCAAAAACAGUAAUCAGCAAGAGCUUGAUUGCAUUUACGGGUUGUUUAAAUCGAUUGACUACCUAUAUUGUCUAGUAUUGUCUAGUUACAAUGUCAUUACGGAGACCUGUGCCAGUUUGUCAAGUCCUGAUCAAAAUAAUGACGCUCAUUUUGGUCUCAUAGUCAACUGGAGCUUAGGCUAUGCCGCAGGAAACUGAGAAAAAUGCAGAGAUUCAUUGGGAACUCGACUUAUUUUAUUUAAUCACUGCUAAGAAUAGUACGCGUUUCCACCAGUCAAUUGAUCCACCGCACUAAUGAAAUGCGUAAGACCAGAUUAUAUGGCAUAUAUUAUCCCCGCCUGGCGAGAUCAGACGGCGCCGACUUUCACGUGGUGCACCCCAGAAACCACCAUAUGCGGUUCGGAAGUUUGUACAGUAGAUGCACUAUCCCAUGAAAUGUUAACCGAAAUGCUGAUAUGUGUUUUCGAUUCAAAAUGAUAACAUGAGCAGGGCUGUAAGAUCAGUAUCCGUACUGAAGAGUCCCAAGUUAUCUCAUUUAAACCGGAAGGCUAACUUAUUUCCGAUCCUUUGCAAGACCCACACUCUGUGAAAAAGUGACUGUUGUAGAAGAAUGCAUUUUUCUCAUUAAUUUCCAUACCCCAUUUAAUUCAAAUAUAUUUUAUAGAAUACAUGCACAAAAUAUCCGUCACUUUACUCAGUUCAUAGUCAUUUGCAUCUGAUUUAAAUUUUAUACAUAGGGGAAGAAUGGCAUAUGGUUUUAAAAAAGCUUUUCGCUUGAGGAAUAAUUACGAAGACGACCUGUUACACAUUCAUUCAGAAGUUCCAACCAAUAAGCUAUAUAUUUUCCAUUCAAAGAAACCAUAUAUUUAAAUACGCUGUUAGGAAAAUAUUAUAUGGGGUUGAUGAAAUUGUGGAGUGCAUUGAAUCAUACAGUAUACUUUAUAAACGGCAUUGAUUAAUACAGAAAUGGGAUGUUUUGUGAAUGGACAUUUCGCUGUCUUAAAAACUUCAUAAUUGGAAACUUUAAAACCGAAAGACACGCUUUUCAGGUGAUGAACUUUGAAAAAACGUGCUUUUUGACCAAAUGCGUGCAAGGAUGAUUAUUUCUGUGCAUGUCUUCUCUAAAAUAUGAUUGAAUUUUUAAGGACACCGAAACUCAAUGCGGCAAACUCAUACUUCUUAGUAAGUCAUACUUUCUUAAGUAGUAGAAUACAGUUUUUGCAGGCUGUCAGAGGGAAGCUCGUUCAAAAGCCGGAAUCCUGAUAUGAAUGAAAUAUCCUGGGACUUUCCUGCACGGUAAUUAUUAUUGCAACCCUACCUAAGUAAUCUGGUUGAGUCGAAAGCGCAUUUUAGAAUUUCCGUUAAAAUUUCAAGAGAUAACACAUUCACUGUAGGCAAUGUCGGUGGGUGCCAUUGUGAGCGGAUCCACAUCAGGGUAGCUGAUUUCAAAAGCCUUCCUUUAGGUCUACAUGUUCCCUCCCUCCACUGUCCCGUGACUCUCAGCGUGAUAAUAUGUGUCAAAGCCAGCAUCUCAUGAGACUGCCUUGGGAUUCAUACGGAUUAUGCUAAUGACUGAGUGGGUUAUAGUGACGCAAGCUAUUACUAAUAUUAACGGUGAUGCAGACAAAGCUGGAGCUCGAAAGGACCAUUUUGUGCCAUCCCAGAUAAAGAGUGUGCCGGAAUUUUAAACCAUGGCACCUCUUUUAAAUAUUCUUCUGCCUGACGUCAAUGAAGGGCAUCAAACUCGCGGUAGAUGAAAGGAGACCGGCAGCGUUCUAUAAACGAGUAGAAAAAGAUUGGCUCUCACUGGACACUCUAUCUGCAACUAGAAAGGACCAUCGUAACGUCCCACUUUCUGACCAUCAUCGUCAACAUCGCGCAUUCCUGACCGUACAUUUCCUUUUUCCUACAAUAUUGUUUAAUUGGAUAAAAAAGAGAGAAACAUUAGGCGUUACAGAUGAAAUUUCAGUCUGAGGCUGAAGGUUCUCAGAGACUGGCCCGCCUUUGUGUAUAGGUCUUUGGAGCAAAGCAACCCUUAUCUCCGCGUAAUGCAUCAAAGGAUAUGAACCCUAUGUACGCCGAAAAUCGAACUGGGAUCCCACGCGAGCACGCCGCUACUAAACUGCUGACGCACGACUGCUAACCUCUGACACCGGCAAUGACUACUAAUCAGUCCAGGCGGCCUACAAGACCCGCUGCAUCGUGCUCGUAAGCACAGACAUCUGUUACGAUGUGUCUGCCGUCCAAUUUCUCAGACUGGAAGAAGAACUCAGGCGAACUAGUUUGUCUGUCAGAAAGACCUAGUCGAAGUGAUGAGGACGAGCACUAAUUUGAAAUGCUCGGCAACUUUCGGCCUGGGUAGAGAAAAGGAGGGGAGCAAAACAGACUUGAUAUUCAAAUUUCUCCGUGGUUGCCAAAUCAGUAGGUAGACUGAAAACAGGAGAAAGCUGAAGCUUAUCAGACUUUAAAAUUACGCCUCCGUCAUUCCGUGAUUAGCAGGGUUCUUCACUUGGUCCUCUCCAUGGUCAUGCUUUAAACUCUAUGAUAAUAACGAAGCAAUGAUUUUUCCACAUAAGGCCUCGAGGGAGACAACUCUGGCCGAUUCGACUGCAGGAGGCCAGGAAGGUCUGAGAUCUCCUCGGUCGUCGCCCCCCCCCUACUGCAGACACUAGGAUCUGCGGUACCUAACAGUGGCUGUACUGGAGCACAGAGCUCACCCACAACCAGUAAUGACUAAUGACUUGCCAAUCCCAUAGAAGUGCGUUAUCCGACAGUUCGGCCGUUGUUGCGGACGAUGUUCAAAGCAGGGUUAAUAUGAGGAACGGCGAUUUGCGCGCGAGUAAGCUUAUAGUGAUGGUAGACUUACGCAGCGUCUACCGCAGUCUCUCCUCUUCUCUCCCUUGUGCUCGGUGUCAAGACGGAGUCAAGAAACUCAUAGUUGGAACGGUAAGAAUCCGCACUUACGCGUACCACCACACCCCUUGGUCCACACCGGACACUGACCGUAAUUUUAUUGAACAAGCAGGUCGGAGGAGGCUCGGAUCCCCCUAGAAUGGAGGGCCAUAGACGCCAUAUUAUGAAGGAGGCAUUACGGACUGACUCUCCGUCCUGAAUGGACCUUCCCGUUGGCAGCAUUCUGUGGUGAUGAUGGUGGUGUUGGUGGCGGUGGUGGUGGUAGUCGUAUAAAUGGAGGUCAUUGUCAUGCGCAGUUAACAACAAGCCCAAUCAAAGCAUAGGGCAGUUGUAUGUAUCGUCAUCAGACACUCUUAGCAGAGGGAGAAUGAGAAGGGGAAUAAGAAGAAGAAGAAGAAGAUGAUGAUGAUGGUGGUGGUGGUGUUGGUGGUGGUGACGGUGGUGACGGUGGCUGCGGUAUCGGCGGCGGCGGCGGCGGCGGCGGUGUUCCUCGUCAUCGUGAUCAUUGUGGGGUUUGCGGCGAUGGUGUGUUGUGGUUGCUAGGGUGUUGUGGGUGUUCUUAUCGGUGAUGGAUAUGGUUGUCAUCGUUAUUAUGGAGUUUCGGGCAGGUAUGAAGGUGGGUCUGUACGAAGACAGUAGGCGAACUAGUACUGCAGCUAUUGCAAACACGCAAUGCUACGUCACCAUAGAGUAGCCGUUUGGACAGACGAUCGUUGUCCACCUACAUGAGAUGGUCGCCCCACACUAGUUGGGUUUGGUUUAGCUUGACAUGGAUGCCAAUGAUCACAGUCCAUUCUAUGACUUUUGCAUUUGGGACUGGCUCGCCACAUCCGCUCCAGCAUUCUCCAGAGGCAGGUGACGUAAAAGUGAUUGAAUUGCCUUACUUACAUGUCAUACAUUGUUUAUGUAUUCGCUCCCUACAACAGCGCUGUCAGAACUACCGCCCUGUACAUCCUGAGGUUCUUGUCGAGUUAAAGUCCGCGGCAGUCCUAGACUGCGAACUGUAGCCGACCGAAUGUCAGAUGGGCGUCGGAGAUCCGGUGGGUCCUUUAUUUGUCGGUCUUCACAUUCGUUAAACUGCACCUCCGAGACCUGAAAAUCUGUCGACUGGUGCAAGUUGUGUUCCAUUGACAUUAAUACUGAAAUCAACGUACUCUGCGUAGGACGCCAGUUGAUUCAUAACCACAGUCUUCUCCGUGUCGAUCAAAAGUCAUCUCAACCGGAGACGGAGAUGUUCGCAUUUUGCUGCUUGUUCUCUUCCCCUGCGAUGUUUGACGUGCACUCUUCCGCGAAAAAACUGUUGCGCAUGUUGGCCUUGAAUAGCCUCGACGAUGCUUUCGAGCGACGAAUGUUGGACAAUCUUCCGUCGGCUCGGUAGCUGAUGCCGACCACAGCCGCUCCUCAUGAUAGGUGUCCAUCAACAGCCCCGCAUUGCUCCACUGGUUAUCAUAGAGGUUUCAGAGACUGUCCCGUUCUCCCUGAGACGAGCCACCAUCCCAGCGUGAGGUUAGCUCAGCACUGGUGUAAGUUUCUCCUGACAUCCGUAUUUCAGCAUUAUUUUUCAGAGUCGAUCGUGGUUGACUCUGUCGAGGGUCUUCAUUAAAACAACGGUGGUGUAGAGGUUAGUCGUCGUCUCUUGGAACUUCUCUUGUAAGUUGCAGGCUACUAAAAACAUGUGGACGCUUUCACAGCUCAUCCGAAAACCAAAUCAGUUUUCUGUGAGACGUCUCUGUUGGGAGACGCGGAAAAUUUCCUUGUCAUGCGGACUAGCUAGACCCCUCCGUGAUUGGCACAGAGUUGUGAGGUUCCUGUGCCCUUGUAUAUGCGGAAGAUAGUCGUGCUUUUGAAGUCUUGAGAAAUGUCCCGUUCUACCUCUGCUUCCUCUCUGGCGAACUGUCACACCGUUCCAAUCGUCGCUCAAGGGCAAAAGAGGAGGACAAGUUUAUUGUCUGUUUCCUCCUGGAAGAGUUUGUUGGUGGUGACAUCGGAAACUCUAGAAGGUCGGUUAGGGACGGUUCUGAAGUGCUCUGCCAAGAUCUUAAAAAGUUAUGAUUUCUUUGCUGAUCUAUCGGAGUUGAAAAGUGGUGCGGUUCCUUUGGUUGAGGGAUAGUGGACCAUCUUGAUUGACGCGGAGGAAGUUUUGAGUUCACCGCGGUCCGCAUACCGUCGUAUUCCCUCCGCCUCUCCUUUCUUUCGCACAAUUUUGCAUCCUUUGCGUCGGCUGCUGUACCAGUCGGUGGCAUCUGAAGAUGGCCACUCCGAGAUUAAGGUUGGCUUUGUGAAACAUAUUCUUCUUCACGAGAAAGUCGAUAAUUUCUGCAUGGUUGUUGUCAAACCAGUCCUGGUGUUGAGGGGGUGCGCGUCGAAGAAUGUCCAAGGCAGUAGAGUGGGUGGCAUUCUGCCGUUUAACCAUUGUGUCUCUACGGUAAAGUUGUUGGUCAGAGCUUGCAUUGCUUCCAGACUCUGAGCCAGCUGAUUAAACUGAGAGCUCAUUUUCGAGAUAACAAGACGUUGCUUUGCCCUCCCUUCGGCUUCACAGAUCAUCGCAGUCGUCAGCAUGUCUUGUCAGUCCAGCGGGUGCCGGCGCCUCAAAAGAGGGUUCAUCCGCAUCGCAUUCUCCCGCGUCCGAGGGCGAAAUAAGGCGUUGGCAAGGAGAAGGUGAGAGAGGAGGCCGUUUUUGUUGAAGCCGCUGAUUCAGUGGGGAACCUAGCACUCCCAGGCAGCGUGGUCUGUCCCGAUGCAGGUGUUGGAGUCGCCUAAUUCAGCUCGUUUGUUUGCCUUCGAUGGUUGCAGGAAUGUGGCCGCUAGGCAGUUUCCAGGUUCGAAAAUCCAUAAGUGAAGGUAUGUGAUGUGAUUUACCACAUCUACGCGGUUUAGCCAAGAAGGAGAAGGUUAAAUUGGCUAUGCAAACGGGUUAAACCGCAGCGAUCGAGAUCCCGAUGCAGGACGUCUGUGCUAGAAUGCCUAGGAAGGAAUGUGGUCAAAAGGUCUGAAAGCGUGUGCUAUGCGAGUAUCAGUAUGCGCUAGCAGAUCCCUGACGCCUAAUACCCUGCCGGUAGAUGCGCUUGCGCUCCCGUUCGGCAUACAACUGGUGGACAUGGUUACCCAAUCCUCCUCGUUAUUCUGGUCCCUGUUGGGAUGUUGUUGUUAUUAGUCGAAACCUGGUCGUUUGCUGCGUGGACCAGGUGGUGUGGUAGAACGCCUAGCUGUCUGUCCGACCACUUGCUCCGCCUAGUUCUUCCUUACUCUCUCUUGACACCUGGUCCAGGCGGCGGGAGAAGGAGAGAGUGCGGUAGAUGUUGCGAAUGUCUGCAUCCACUAUAAACUAAUUCACACGCAGGUCACCGUGCCUGCUGCGCCUUGCUGAGUAGCACACGGUGGACAUCGUCAGAAUCGACGGUUGAGCUGUCAGGGUGAAAGAUUCCAUUAUGUUAUACCUACCAAUUCUUAUCGCCAUUUGCUUACUGCCCCAUGGAAGAUGCAACGCAGGAGGUUGAUCCCUGCUAUCUAGACUGCACGCUCGGGACGAAGAAAAUUAAAGAAGAAAAACCAGAGCUAGUGGGCAAUCCUCUGACAUCUGUUAUUGACUUAUGCUAGAUGUUUUUCUUUAGAGCCUGCAAGGUCGUGUGAUUCAGUUUAGCUUGCACUUCUGCCAGAAAAAAACUGAUGAACUUCAAAUUUACUGUGUAGAAACGCCAAUCAGGGCAAAAUAACAUUGCCAAAAAAGACAAGGCAGACUGAGAUGGCCAUUUUUGGCCUGCUAACCGUCAUCAACCGGUCCUACAUAACCGCGGCGCAGGCAAACCCCGAGGUCCAGAUUUACGAUCUGUUCGCUAGAAACCCAAAGCCCCGGCUAUUGAGCCACGUUCUCGUUGUUCUGUCGGCUCCAAUCGAGUAAUAUUCACAAUGGCAGAAGGGCGCGCACCUCGAGAGUUGUAUGACACAGGGUUGGGUGUGACUGACUGACGACGGCUACCAAGCCAGAAACGGUCAUUCCAGUCUGCCAUGUCAUUGUCGGAAGUGCUAUUCUGUCGCUUUUACGCGCCGCUGUGCGGCUGGAGGCGGGACUUGAGAGGGAGAACCCUAACACAUAACUGGACGACUGAGUUCCGUCACGUGAUCGGUGCGCGCCCUUUUUCUAAACGUUAACUUACCACCUAAUUCACAUUGGAUGAUCUACCUGCGCACUGUUGCGGUCACACUCGCCAGAUAUGCGAAUCCAACUUCCUGUCAUACUUUUCUUCAUAAGAGCCCGAAUUCCAGUCUCAGCGAAACAGUGACUCAGACGAUAUAAUCUGCCCCUUGCUCGACUGGAGGAAGGCAAUACUGAAUGGAAACAGUAACUCUCGUCUGCACCUGUUCCGCAUUCGCGGGUUCGGUUGCAAAAGUCUGUUUUUUCACAUGCUUUUCUUGUCCUGCAAGUCUCCUCUUUCCACACUCUGGUGCUGAACGUUCCGAAUAAGGUAUGUGAAACAAAACAGUAAUUUGAAAGUAUAAGAGAUUUCUGAUCUCCCGAGCUUCACAUCAGAUGCAUGAUGAGAGACACUUCUGCGUCAGUGAGCAAGAAAUUUCUUCAUUGGAUAAAAACCGCUUUUGUAUUACUGAAUUCAAGAUCGUCCAAAACGUGUCCUGCCAGGCAGAUGCUAGAAGUACUUAUCGGAUUGCAAAUACCAAAAGCUUUCGAGCUAACAAAACAUCUGCUGAUAAGUGACAACUAAGCAGAUUGCAUCUAAAAUUUUGACAUCUCCGAUGCUGACAUAUGGUGUGGGUCGCGGGGGUGGGGCAACGGGAAGUUGGAACGGCCAGAAAGCGUUUCAUUAUGCAAUGUAUCCUAACUGCCUGUGUCCUGAGCGUGAGUCGCAUAACGCACCUCGAAGCUGUCUCAACCGGGUUGGCCAGCUGCGUGAAGAAAUAGUAUUCCCUUGUUCUGCACUAUACGGGGAGGGGAAGUCUGACAUAUUCUAGUUGACCGUUCAGUCAAAAUUGCACAGUACAGAAAACUACCUAAUUAAAACUAACUGAAAUCUCGAAAUCUACAUUCAUUUGGAAAGUAUCAUUCAUGCAGGCUUGUACUACACAAUUCCCAAGUACUUUAGUCACACCGGAACUUAUCUUAUAAGUGCGCGUCCUUUUAGUCGCCCGUGAAAAGCAUACUUGCUAAAGGAUGGCUACUUAUGAAGUUUACAUUGUUUCAUUAAUUAUCGAUGGCCUUAUAAAUUCGAAAAUAUUACAGAAACAUCAUUUUUGUGCACUUUUACAGUCAACUAUGCCUUCUUCAAUGCUUUUUACUUAAAGGUAUCCUCCGGUUUUGAAGACGUUCCUUAUUUCCGAGUAAUUUUAAAUCCGGGUUGUCAUUGGACUUGAGCUUAGGACCUCCAAGUUACAAGCUGUGAUCUGAAGGGCAUAGUCGACAAAAACAUCCUAGAUAGAUAUAUAAGAAUUCAAGUUUACGUUUUUUGCGAUACGGCACAUAAUAUAUGGCGGAAUUUCCACCAGCUGAGAGUUUAACCUAUUCAACGCAUGGCAUUCUGAGUAGUUCUUGUAUUUGUCGGCUUGCCGCGAAACCAGGUUCAGAGCCUUUUUAGGGAUUUUAAACUGAACUGCGUCUCAGACCUCUCUUCCUCAACCAAUAGUCUUAAAAACCAAUCAUCAAGUCAUCGCUAGGCAACGUUUCCCGUAUGAAAGUCUUUGAAGGUGGCACAGCAUUCAGUGCGUUCCUUCGUAGAUACAGUAAGUGGGCUAACUCAUGAAAUCUCAACAGAAAUCUCAAAAUGCGUUUUCGUUUCGAAAAGAUUAAUUAAGUAGGGUUGUAAAACUAAUCAGCAUGCAUCAUAAUACUAUGAUAACUCAGUUUCUCCGGGAUGCUGGCUUUUGAACGAACUUCUUCACGGCAGUAUGCAAAAACGACACUUAGCAAAAACGGUUACUUACGUGGCAUGCAUCUUUUCAACGAUUUUUGACGUCCUUAAAGAUUUGAUUAUAUCUCAUGGAAACCAUGCAGAAAAAUAUUUCUUUUUUGGCUCUUUCAGUAGAUAAUUACGUCUUCUACUAAUCUUCUACUCGAAGGAAGUGUCUAAUUCGGUUUUCAAAAACGUUUCCAAUUCCCAAAAUAUUUUUAACCCGACUUGCCGUUGCACUUGCAUUCAGGAUUUCCAAACUACAAGCCGUGUCAUUUCCGCGUAAGGAAAACCACACAAUCCUCUUCGGUAUUAAGAGAAGGCCAUAUGGGUUUCUUAAAAUUUAGCAGUGGAUUUGGGCCGUAUGGUUAACAUUCCAAGCCACAUUGGGAAAUGCAGAGACAUGACGUUUCAUGAAUGGCCAUCUCACGGCAUUAAAAAAUCUCACAGUUAUAAACUUUUUUAAAAGCUGAAUUAUACUCAUCCUGCCAGUAUAACCUUGGAAGAAGACGUCAUUUUCCACCGAACGUGCAAAAGAAUGAAUAUUUUUAUACAUGUUUUCCAUGAACUAUAAAUUAUUUGUCAAGGGCAUCAAAAAUCAAGGAGAAAAUUGCAUGCUUCUCAAGUAGUCAUUUUUUCAUAGAGAAUUGCUUUUGCAUGCAGCUGUGAAGAAUUUCGUUUGUAAUCCGGUAUCCUGAGGUACCUGCAUUGUUAUAGAAUUAUGCUGCAGACUGAUUAGUUGUACAAACCUACUUAAGUAAUCUUUUCAAAACGAAAACGCAUGUCAGAAUUUCUGUUGACAUUUUAUGAGUUAGCCCACCUACUGUAGAUGACGUGACGAAGAUGGGUCACGCACUCGGAAAGACGGGCCAGGAGGCAUAGCCAGUAAGUUCGUAUUUCUGCGGCGGCGGCGGCGGCGGCGGCGACCGUUCUUGUCUUUCGGGAAGUCGGUUUGUUCACACACUCGGGACGCCUUUGCUGAUUACUUUAACAGCAGACUACCACCUACCACGCGAAUUUUGAUGACAUUGGCUCCUAGCACAGUCUAAACUCGAGCACCCAUAGGACAGUCACAUACCCCGUCAGAGUAAAGAUGAAGUCCUAGGAGAGAAAGAUGGGGAAGGUGGAAAGCUGAUGACGGUUGCAUGACGCCUUGACAGGCGCAACGAGGCAGGGCAACAGACGGCAGAGGGGAGCGAUGCGACAAGAGUAGACGUCUGUCAGAAAUGAGGGGAUAGAGUUUUUGCAGAAAAAAAGAACGAAAUUUUAUUCGAUAAGCGUUUGAUGCGAUGUCAACCGGAACACAGUACUUGCCUUACCGAGGUACUUCAUGUGUGCUGAAGGCUGAACAGCGAGAUUCGGUCGCGAUUUGUGGACAGGUAUUCUUUCCUGAACUGUGAAAGCACUAGAAAGUCGAAAUCUAAGACCUCCGCUCUCAGCCCUGUCUUUAGAUUCAGGCAGCAUUGUGAAAGUAGACUUGUGAAGGAACGAGCGAAUUACUUCUAGUUCCACUGCGUAACCGCAAGUGACCAGGAAACGAUGGACACAAAAACAACUACUUCCUGUUGAAUAAAAAUUUAAAUAUUUGCCUAACGGUGAGGAUAGGUUGUGUAAUUCCACUGGGUUUAGCACAUAUAUGUAACUAAUAUAUGUGUUUUAUAAAGUCUUGUUUUGUUUAUUAAGCCAUAACUGCAGGACGUCUUCCCUUACGGGUUAUCUAACACUUUGAUAUAACCGAAUGCACCGAGAUGUUUCAGUAGAACUUUUUAGUGAUAAAUUAUUUGACAUGAAUUCCUCGCUUCCCCUCCAAGUACCUUGAUUUCUUAGUUACUCCAAUGUACUUACAUUGCCUUUCCUUGUCGAUUCCGUAUGCCGUGAAUUGCAUAUUUCUUCCGGAAGAGUAGAUGAAGCUUUUCGUGUCACUUUGGUACUUACUAUACAACGGCUACCGUAGGGAUCGCUGAGUGCGUUUUGGACCGAUUUGUCUACGUUAGAACCCAAAUGCUCUGCUUCCUCGAUACCUCUGAAUGGUUUCUGUUGCCGAACGCGUUCGCCUGACUUAGUUAUUUUUUAAAAAUACUUUUGCAUGAUUCCUCUCAUUAACAAUAAUAAGACAGUAAAGUUUAGUUGAGAAGUGGGGCUACUCAGCCUACCGCUGCCUCCCUAACACUUAGGUUUAUAUUCAAAUUCAUGCCCUCACAAUCUGCAUAUAAGGUCUCACACAGUCUAGUAACCGGAGCUCUCUUAGAAUGUACCUCAGUUUAAAUCUGAGACAAAAUUAAUGCGCCCGAGUUGUCUCCGUGGGUCUUUGUCAAGUCCAGUCGCCACGCAGCCAACAAAUCCUGGCCCGAUGGAUGUAGAUUCAGGUGAUAUUUGGGAGACUGGUAUAAAGCUGACGGAAUCGGACGUAUAUUUCAUGAUCGCUGCGGAUCAGCGGUAGCUCCCACCGCUUUAAAAGAAUCGCCCAUGCAAGUGCAUGAAUGGUUUAGGAUCUUAUGCUGGCGGUCGUCACUACGAAGUAACGGGAAUUCGGAGCAUGCAAGGAGAUUGAUGGAGCAUUGAGACCUGACUGAGGAGUUCUUUUAAAUUUCGAGAUACUCAAGAGAUCUGUUUUUAGGGCACAGCGGUGGCGGAACAAGCAACAGUAACGGACAAAUGAUCAGGGAUAUUUGUUUGACGAUGACUGCGCAGGCUCUUUACGCAGGCGUGAGUGCAACGGAGAUUUGUACUUCAGCCAGCUUGCUGCUCGUAUUGCUUCUAAGUAGCACAAAACAAAAAUAACAGGGCGAUCUAAUGCGGAGUCUCGGUCUCGCGUUAUGUUUGUGUUCAUGUAUUAUUAAUCCCAGAUUACGUCCACUCUGAUCCGCGUAACUGCAGAGGCAGGCUCAGCGAGGGAUACCACCCACUACAUCAACCCCUCUCUCCCCACACUUUGGUCCCUGAAUUAACUUCCAUUCAUGAACUUAAAUUUUGCAGGAACUGAUGCAUGAUCAACUAGAGUCAUGGGUGCUGUACCUAUCAAAUGAACCUUACACUUGUGCUAACACACCGAUUUGGGCUUUUCUCGGGUGCAGCAGCAUAGGUGAAUCAGAAAAGCUGAGAGUUCCAUCGUACGCAAUUCUGUUGAUGAAGACAAAUGAGCGAGUUUCGAUAAGCAGUUCAGAUAAAAAAGAUAAAGUUGCCGGGACCUUGUGGAUAAUGGGUCAAAGGUUUCAGAUUACCCCGCGAACACAUAAUCAGGGACAGGAUUAGAUAGGGGUAAUGGAUCUGCUAUUGUCUCUCGUGAUGGGUUCGGACAGGAAUCCGAAACGUCGGUCAAUUAAAGCUCUUGUCCUAGCGAUUGCGUCUCCUUCUUCACGACUACUUCCUGGGACUCGUCUCUUCACUCCUAUGGCAGCCUUCGCAAUCAUCACGGGGACCCGUAGAUGAUACAAGGAGGGUUGUCAGUCCGCAUGUUUAACACUUGGUCUUUUAAUUCACUGUCUUUGGACUUUUCGUCACCCACGUCCUUGACGCAAGGCUCAUUACUUUGUCCAAACAAAGUCCCAGCACAGAAUAUGGGACCGACAGGUCACUGCGCCUGUUGAUUGACUUCGAGACAGAGAACCAUGACUGCUAAAACAGUUCGCUAUUCACGCUCGACCUAGUCAAACUGGAAGGUAUGACAGGAUCCCAUUGAGCGGCCUGCAAUCUAGGAUCUUCAAUGCUGCUGCGAUUUCGGUCAUUCGCGUUCUGCGGCUUAGUUGUCAUAUCCGCAUCUGCACUACAUCGGCUAAAUGAUUCCUGGGGUUUCUUGUCGUGUUAAUGGGUCCUUUGGCCUGAUGACUUGGCGCCUGAUGGUUUUAGACUUCAAAACUUUCGAGUGCAGAGGAAGAUUCUCUGAUGCAUACAAGGAUCCAUUCAGUUUUGCCGAACGAUUAGCACACCUGAGAAUUUAUUUCAAGUCCUCUUGUAAGAUUUCCAGUCUUUACCAAAAGGACAUAUAGGGUAUUCAUGCCUUAGCAUGUCGAUCUAAACUCAGUGAUAUUCCCUCUGGGAUGCUAAAUUCUCGAGGAAAAAACUGAAGUAAAUCUUAUGCUCGAUGUUUAGCGACAUCCUACUGACCCAAGUUUAUGGCAGCAGUCAUCAACCUUAUCUUAAGGCCAGUCGUGCAGGCAAGGCGAGUAUGCACUUUCAAGUCGUCUAGCCUUAAGAGCGGUCGUAUAAAGUCCCUGUUGCGUGGACUGCAAUAAACAAACGAUAAAACUGGGAAGAGUUUUUCGACUGUCGCUCACAUUAUUAACAUAACCGAAUGAGGAUUAGUAUGAAUUGCAUUUGCUUACAUAUAUGUUAUAUAAUAGGGAUGACCAGUGCUUAUAUUUUAAAUAAAUGCUUAUAACUGUAAUUAGCACUACCUCCAUAUACUGACUAAAGUUUUAGGGUCGAUCUCACUGUGCCACUGUAGUUAUAUGUCCCAGGAUCAUUUCUCCUUUGCUACUACCAGUUACCGAGAAAACCCGAGAUGUUGCUCCGUUUGAAUCCAGUUUAUUUAGGGUUAGGUCUUAACAAACGACAUUUUGAACGCGUUACCGGCACUGUAGACCGUGUGACCCACAACGAGGUUGGCGCAGAAGUAGCAACUUACGCAUGAAGCAGUUUAUAAUAAUAGUAGACUUGAUCAGAAUAUACUACAAUCUCCAUCCUCACUCACCUGAGUCCCGAGUAAAGACGAAGUCAAAAACCCUGGAACGAUGUCGUGUGCCACACACGGCCUGAAUCACGCAUAAAGCGCCAGGAUUUUAUACGAGUAACAGAAGGGAGGCGCUUCCAAUUCCAACGGAAUGUGGGUACCAUAGAGACUAGGUUAGGGGGAAAUCAUUGCGACCAAACUCCCAGUCCUGAAAGGGCCAACCUAACUCUUCAUCUGGCAGCUAUCCAAACCACUGCGGUAGUCUAAAAACGCGUUAGAUUGCUUAUAGUGAGCAAGAUGCGUUGAGCUAUGAAAAAGGGCGCUUCGCAGAGUCGAGCUCAUCCUCUCUUCCCCCACUGCCAGCGUCCGCCAGUCGUCCGGUGUAGGUGGUUGGCGCUGCGAGAACCUGCGUCAAGACGCGCCAUCCAAUCACAAUGAGGGGCAUUCGAUGUGGGUGCACAACGUAAAUAAUGCCCGCCGAUCUGGUCUCCAUGGAGGACCGGCGCAACACUCGCAUGGGUAGGUAGCCUGUUGGUUGCGACACCUACACAAAGCUAGCAAAUAAUUUUUUUGUUCGACCCUUCUGAAUCUCAAGUAAUUAUCCUCCCAUGCCUACUCUUUGUUAUAUCUCUUUGAAAUUUUUCUGGUUCAACGAUUCUACCAUCCCGCCUUUUAGUCGGUUUUCAGCUGAGAGUAACGGUGAAUUUUUGCGCAGCUAUAGGCAAUUGUUGUUACAUUGUACAGUAGGUCUGAUUAACCUCACGAAAUCUCUGAGUCCCAAUUUAGAAAUAGCGCAGGGUCCUAUUCAUGUUGUUUUUUCUUAUUGACAGCUAACUAUCGCAAGGAAAAAUCACUAUUUUUCCUGUUGGAAAAUGAAUACUCCAAUAGGAUGUAUGCGCCUGUCCGUAAAGACCCCGAAACAAAACAUAUAAAAUUCCUCGCUGAAAAACGGAAAGCGCUCGCUUACAGGAUCCAUCCUCGCAUAAGGUGUUUCGCACAACUUUCACAGACCGGCAAAUAGAAAUUAAUCAUGAUUAAAACUUGAGGCGACUGUGGGCAGGACUUCGAUAAUCUUUCCUUUUUUCGGACAUUCUGGGUCAUCUAACGGGAUUACAGGACUUAAACACAUUGCAAAAGUACAGCUCGGCGACUCAAAAUUUAAAACCAUAGUUAGUUUAGUGCUCUUUGAUGUUUGAAUGAGGUUGGAGCGCUUUUUUGGCAAAAAAUUCUCAACACAAAAUUUGGCUCACCCAUUUGUGCGGCGAGUCACAGACAGUGACAUCGUGGAUGUGGUGCCAAAUUUUGCCCGACAAUUGGGUCUUCAGAAAAAAGCACAAACCUCCUCUCAGCGCCAAUGGUUUUUGCAUGGUAGUGCAACCGCGGCGAACGGCGGCCCUACGAGGUGGGCUAAGAGGCACGUGAAAUAGUUCUGAGCGGAGGACAAUUGCGUUUAGUCUACCGAGCUCUCUUUCUCCAGCCAAACGCACCGUCUUUUAGAGGGUAGGAAUACUGAAAUGUGAACUAACCAGUCCGUCUAAGCGUGCCACAGACCACUUCAGAUGCACCAGGCCGCAGUAAGGCGAGGUCCAGGUCCAAAUAAGCGAAAAUUGCACAAAGGCUACAUUAAAAAGGACACAUUUCAGCCUGACACAAGUUCCGAAAAGGAUCAACAUAUCAAGUCAGCCGACAACCCCCGAAGCCAUUACUCUUGGCUAUUCGGGCUAAAUGUGUACGCGUCAGACUAGGAAUAGUAAGGAAUGUGCUCUAUUGUCGGGAUGAUGAAUUACGGAGAACCGCUUUCCCUCUUCAUUUUCCCAUAUAUCAGCGGCUUCUCCGAGUUGCACCGACUGGGCGGAAGAAUUCGUCGUAGUGGCUGACAAAGUUACUUAAGAGAGAGAGGGGUAAUUCGCUUUAUUUUGAAGUUCUAAAUUCGAAAUGUUCAGCAACAAAAUGGGUUCCAUUCAAAACGGGCAGUAAAUAAGCUAAUAAAUUACUCAAGAGUCAACAAAUAAUUCAACAAAAUGGAACGACUAUGAUGGGGACAGUUCGAGUUUUAGCUUCUGGAUUACUUCACACGAAAGAUAGCGCGCCAGGAAGGGCAAUACGGAAUUUCGAUGUGCCGAUGUGCGGCAAGCGAUACGUGGAAAGCUACGGCGCAUGGAUCGGAGGGACUUUGCAGAGAUUAGUUCAGAAUACAGGGGAUGGGCACCGUCAUCCAGAUUUCGACCAGCAAAUUUGUUGACCGUUUAAAAAUGUCGUUGUAGAAUAAUGUCGACUAAAAAUACAUAAGAAAAACCAACAGCAAAAGAGAACAUUCAAAGGACUCCUUUUAAAAUUAACAUAUAUUUUUGAGGAAAGCAGGAAAAAUGACAGGAGGACAAGAGAGAAUAUGAUGAGGAAUGUAGGCAUCUGUGAAUCGUCAAAUUAAAGAUUGACUUGUAAUGGUAGGAAUGCAAACAAAGAGUUUAAUAGAAAAGUUUACGAACUUUGGUGCAAAAGGACACGAAAUGGAGGAAAAAUAAAAGAUUAUAUGACAAAGUAGCGCCAAGGAACUUGAAAGAGGAUACCUCGAUUGGAAGGAUGGCAGAACAUUCAGGACAAGGAGAGGGUCACAGUCGGAAAAUAUACUGGAGGGAUUUUUAAUUGUUCAGUAGAAGAACGUUUUCCUGCGACCAUACUGAGACGUGGUCGAGACCAGCCUUCAAAAACGAGAUUUUUGACUGGGUGAUCAACAACCAUAUCGUCGCCGUAGUUACCUAAUACACUGUCGUUUGGGGAUCAUAGAUCAUUACUAUGGAGAGAGAAGAGGUGAAGAGAUUAAAUAGAACCCUGAAAAUUUCCACAAUCGUCGCUCAUUUAUGCGUGCGACACAUGAUCUACAUCAUUAAGCACUUACCGGGCUACAGUUGGUGGGCCUGAGUCACACCAAGGUGGGAGAUGCUAUAAAUGUCAGAUUUAAAUGGCACCAAUUAGACCUGGCUGUCUGCCAUGAGUAGGACGAGUUCGAUUGGAACCUUUCAGCCCCUUGUUAUAACUCGGCUGGCAGGAUACCUUCGUAGAUUCGCAAAUACCUCUCACAAAUAGGAAAAUUCCUUAAUAGAAUACCUCGCCAUAACACGUUUGCCCUCAUUAACUGAAGCGUCACGGCAGUCACGAACUGCUGAUCAAAGGCAGCCAGGGCGAAUAUCGUUCACUAUCAUCCGGUCGCGCGCAAAAUCUGACAGACUGGAGUGGAGGUCAGCAAGCCAUCUGGAGGCAAAAUGUUUACGCGAAUCAGUCCGGUCGUUGAGUGCGGUUAACCAGAAACAGAAGUCAUGCUAAACCAAGCAGGCUUGACCAGCUUAACCGACUGGUAGCCACAACUUUCCAAAUGUACUCGGCCUGCCUCCAGCUUUGGUUUAAGAACUUUUGAUCAGGCCUAACACUUUUAUAGAUAUUUACAGUAGGUGGGCUAACUCAUGAAAUGUCAACCGACAUUUUGAAAUUCGUUCUCAUUUCGAAAGGAUUUAUUAAGUAGGGUUAUAAGACUGCUUAGUAUGCAAUAUAAUUCUAUAAUGAUCCAGUUACUUCAGGGUGUCGGCUUUCAAAUGAACUUAUUUUCGACUGCAUGCAAGGACGAUACUCUGUAAAAAAGACUACUUAAGUAGCACGCAAAUUUUACAUUAAUGUUCGAUUCCCUUGAAAAAUCAAUUACAUUUCAUAGAAAAUAUGCAUAAAAAUAUUCAUUCCUUUAAUUUUUUGGUAGAGUAUCACGUCUUCCGAUUGUGUAAUCGAAAGAAGAGUAUAAUUUGGUUUUAAAAAUCUUUUCUUAUUCUCUAAUAAUUUUGAACCCGACCUGUUGUUACGCUUGCAUUCAGGGUUUCAAACUACAAGCCAUAUAUUUUCCGUGUAAGGAAAACUGUGCAUUUCCCUACAGUAUUAAGAGGAGAUCAUAUGGAUUUCAUAAAAUUAAGCCGUGGAUUUGAGCAAUAUUGUUUACUUCACAAGCCAAAUUGGUAAAUGCAGAUACCUGACUUUUUACGAACGGCUAUUUCAGGAAAUUAAAAAAUCUCACAACUAGAAACUUUUUGAAACCGAAUUAUACGAGUAUAAAAUCGGAAAACGUGAUUUUCUACCAAACAAGCAAAAGAAUGAAUAUUUCAUGCAUGUUUUCCAUGAAAUAUGAUUGCAUUUUCAAGGGCAUCAAAAAUCAAUGAAAAAGCUGCAUGCUGCUUAAGAAGUCAGUUUUUGCAGAGUAUGGUUCUUGCAUGCAGUGGACAAUAACUUCAUUCGAAAGCCGACACCCUGAAGUAACUGGAUCAUUAUAUAAUUAUUCUGUAUGAUCAGUUUCAUAACCGUACUUAAUAAAUCUUUUCGAAACGAGAAAAUAUUUCGAAAUUCCGGCUGACAUUUCAUGAGUUAGCCCACCUGCGGUAUUGUGGUGAAUAGAAGGUGGUGAAUUCGAUCUCACAUAUAAUUUACAUGUCAUCGAACGAAACGGAGCUGCCUGUUCCGAAGGCCGGAUACACUAGGUUAACGGCCUCUGUAGCGUUACUUUUUUUCAAUCAUACGACCUGUCGGGAUGCUUUGCAGUUAAAAUAUAGAACACGGAUCCUGCCUCCUGAGCUCCUUUGGUGGAUAUGUAUUACUCCAAACGCAAAUGCUAGCAACCCUGUGCAUGUUAUCAGUAAUUAUAAAACCUCGAGUUAUAGCAUGAGUUCACAACGCUCAUUGGUGUGUCUAACAGUGGGAAAGCAAAAAGUACCGCAGUGUAUUGGAGCUGUGGACUGCCUAGGCAAUGAAAUAAACACCUACUAACCUGUGGCAUUUGUCAACUAUUUACGCAUUCCAUGUCUGUUUCGUAUGAAUUUCACCCCCUGUCUAACGUUCCUUGCUUUUCUGUAGUUUGAACUUUUUCCAAAGCCCCUGGAGGGAAAUGCAAGCGAAGAGCAGUCCCAAUAUGAGGUCGCAGUCACGGCGACCUAUAGGGUAGAAUUUCGACAAUGUGCAAAGCGACCUAACAUGCGCCGACCAGCGGAGAGCGAACACGUCCUUGCCAGUAACCACAUAUUCUACACACUCGCAUCACUCAGCAGUGAAGGGGUGCAGGAGUUGGAAGUUUUGGACUGCUGGCACGGUUUCAAUGAGCCCACUCUAGCUGAAGGAUCGGGAUCAGAGGACUCCGAAUCGGCCAGUGGGCACAUUGUUAACUUCAUGCCGGCUGACGCGGAUUCCUUUCCAAAUUAUACGGUGAAUGUGAACUCUGCCGACAUAGGUACUGCUCUACGCUGUAUUGAACCAGUGACCUCGGUGAACCUCUUUGGCCGAGACACCCUCUGCUGCUCCUAUCUACUGGCCAUCGAUCCGAAGUUAUUUACGCAGAAGCGAUCGGAAGAAAGCAGUCGGGCUCUAGCGGCGCCAGGAAACCCAAACAACUCCCAGCACGUUGUACGACCCCAUGUUGAGCUGGUUUUGCAGACACGUGCGGGAGAGGAGGAUGAUGAUGACGAUGAGGAGGAGGAUGAAGAGGAGGAGGAUGACGAUGAGGAGGAAGAGGACGACGACGACGUCGACGAGGAAGACGGAGGCGGGGCAACGGAAGAGGAACCUACAGCGGACUUACGCUCUAGUACAUUUGGACCUAGCCGGGAGACAGAUAGUGGGACUAACGUAAAUGAUAGUGUACGCGAAAAUGACAGCCAUGGCACCAUAAGUCCGCCCGAGCAAAUAGUUGCUCCUCGACAAAGUACACGGCAAAGAAGGUCCCGUGAACAUAACUGA